UGGCAGAUGUAUUGCACUUAAUACGAUAUUAAACGUUUAUUUUCAAAAAUCAUUCCUAUUAUUUAAUAUUUAAAAUAUUUGGUAAUUAUAAAGAAUAUAAACAAAAUUUUCUUCUACAUAUUUAUAUCAUGCUACCGUUAUCAUUGCUGAAAACUGCUCAAAACCAUCCUAUGCUUGUAGAGUUGAAAAAUGGAGAAACAUAUAACGGACAUUUGGUGACCUGUGAUAGUUGGAUGAAUAUUAAUCUUCGUGAAGUUAUUUGCACUUCUAAAGAUGGUGAUAGGUUUUGGAGACUCCCUGAGUGUUAUAUUCGAGGGAGUAUGAUAAAAUAUCUUCGAAUACCCGAUGAAAUAUUUGACAUGGUUAAAGAAGACAUAGUUGUUAAUAAAUCUCGUGGCCGUACUGAUAACCAAAAAAAUCGAGCACCUAGAGGGGCUAGACAAGGAUUUGGUGGAAGAGGAGGUGGACGAGGUGGAGGGCAACAAAGAGGCCAAAAUAAAUUUAGAGGAAAAUAAAACUAUUUUUAUUUUAUAAAUAAUUAUGUAUUAAGUAUGUAAAUUUAAGACUAUUCUGUUUCAAUAUCUGUAAAAACUAAUUCAGUCUAAAAUAUAACGAGUUACUAACUAUUUAAUA